AUGAUAGGGGACUCUUUUUACGAAUACAUUUUCAUCCGCGCAUGCAUCUUCCUUCUUCAAUACACCACGCCGCUAUGCAUUCUUGGUCUCACUGUGCUGCUCAUCGCGGGGGGGCCUCCGGUGUUGGCGUGGCCAAUCAGCGGCGGCCUCAUUGCCUACUCCGUGGUUGACAUUCUGUAUGCCCUUUUUGUCUGGAUUCCUUACAAUAGGCGACUUAGGGAUGAGGCAAGGCACCCACCGCCAUUGUCUUCAGAGCAAAGGUGGUCCCUCUUCGUGAAGACCCUUGACCAUGUCCCGAACUUCGACCGCUACUUGCGCCUAUGGUUCCUAGGCGCAGACCAGAAUGAUAUCCAGCGGGAUAACGUUCGCGACUUCAUCCUGUGGGCGUUUUUCGACCGCACACCAGACAGCGCGGCUUUUGAAGACUUGCGGGAGGUGGACCGGUAUGUCGACGCCAUCGAGGAGAAACGUGGCAUGAAGUUGGAGCCUGGACGGGGUAAUACCCCGAGCUUUCGACUUACAUUCGAUCCUGUCGAAACCCGGUACAGGAGCUUCAUUUGGUUCAUUCUCAUAGGUUUGGUGGACUUCAUAACGCACUGUCAGUUUCUUUGGAACGGGUUUCAGUAUUAUGCACAGCCAAAGGCGAAGUUCCUCUCCGUCAUUCCUCUCCGAGUGCAGACUCUCUUCGCUCGGCGGCGGUCGAAGUCAGCCGAGCUUAGUUACUGGCAUCGCCCACACACAGCCACCGACAAACUUCCGGUAGUCUUUGUCCAUGGUAUCGGCAUCGGCUUAUGGACGUAUGGCCCUUUUCUUUCGCAACUAAAUGGGUCCUCGGAUGACGGCGGCCAGAUUGGGAUAAUUGCCGUGGAGCUACUUCCGAUAUCCUUUCGCUUGACCAGCUCUCCCUUGACGAAAUUAGAGUUCUUGCGCCAACUCGGUAUAAUCCUAGAGAGCCACGGAUGGGGCGACUUUGUGCUGGCGACACACUCGUAUGGAAGUGUCCUUGCAUCUCAUAUGGUUCGCUCGCCCGAAUUCGGACCUCGAAUCAAGGCCGCAGUUCUCGUGGAUCCUGUCAGCAUCAUGCUGCACCAGCCCGACGUGGCCUACAAUUUCACAAGGCGGAAGCCACGGCGAGCAAACGAAUGGCAGCUGUGGUACUUUGCCAGCAUGGAUCCUGGAGUUGCACAUGCCCUGGGCCGUCACUUUUUCUGGAACGAGAAUGUCAUAUGGAAAGAGGAGCUGCUAGCCCUGCCACAGCAGCUCACAGCGCAGGAGUCACGGGAGCCACGGGGAUCUGCCACGCCAGAGAAUCAAGCCACGCGGGCUCUGGCGAUCUGCUUGUCUGAGCGCGACCUCAUCGUUGAUACCAUGACAGUAGCCCAGUAUCUUGCCGAUGGUGAGAGCUGGGUCCCAGGCAGGGGCGGGGGUGGAGAUGAGACGGGACACUCCGAACCUGACAGAUCUAGCAAUUAUUUCUUAACAGGAGAUGGCAUUGAGAUUCUUUGGUUCCCGGGCCUAGACCAUGCGCAGGCCUUCGACACACCUGCGGACCAGGAGCGUAUUUGCAAGGUCCUACGCCGCUACUGUAAAGUGUGA